AUGGAGGAGGGUGCACGGCGCCGGGGCGGUUCUGAGAAGGCCACGGAUGUCCCAGAUCAGCCAGCAGAGGGUGGCGUGGGCCUCAAGAAAGAGAUUGGGCUAGUGAGCGCCUGCGGCAUCAUCGUAGGUAACAUCAUCGGGUCGGGGAUCUUCGUGUCGCCGAAGGGCGUGCUGGAGAACGCGGGCUCCGUGGGGCUGGCGCUGCUCGUGUGGAUCAUCACGGGGCUGAUCACGGCCGUGGGGGCGCUGUGCUACGCGGAGCUGGGCGUCACCAUCCCCAAGUCUGGCGGCGACUACUCCUACGUCAAGGACAUCUUUGGGGGGCUGGCUGGGUUCCUGCGGUUGUGGAUCGCGGUGCUGGUGAUCUACCCCACCAACCAGGCCGUCAUCGCCCUCACGUUCGCCAACUACGUGCUGCACCCGCUCUUCCCCACCUGCCUGGCGCCUGAGGGCGGGCUCCGCCUCCUGGCGGGCGUGUGUCUGCUGCUGCUGACGUGGGUGAACUGUGCCAGCGUGCGCUGGGCGACGCGGGUGCAGGACAUCUUCACGGCCGGGAAGCUGCUGGCCCUGGCGCUCAUCAUCAUCAUGGGCAUCGUGCAGAUCUGCAAGGGGCACUACUACUGGCUGGAACCGCGGCACGCCUUCGAGGCCUUCGCACCGGUGGACGUGGGCAUGGUGGCGCUGGCGUUCCUGCAGGGCUCCUUCGCCUACGGCGGCUGGAACUUCCUCAACUAUGUCACUGAGGAGCUGGUCGACCCCUACAGGAACCUGCCGCGGGCCAUCUUCAUCUCCAUCCCCCUGGUGACCUUCGUCUACGUCUUCGCCAACGUGGCCUACGUCACUGCCAUGUCGCCCCAGGAGCUGCUGGCCUCCAACGCCGUGGCCGUGACGUUUGGGGAGAAGCUGCUGGGUGUCAUGGCCUGGAUCAUGCCCAUCUCCGUGGCCCUGUCCACCUUCGGGGGUGUGAAUGGCUCCCUCUUCACCUCCUCCCGGCUGUUCUUCGCGGGAGCCCGUGAGGGCCACCUCCCCAGCCUGCUGGCCAUGAUCCACAUGCAGCGCUGCACCCCUAUCCCCGCCCUGCUCUUCACCUGCCUGUCCACGCUGCUGAUGCUGGUGACGAGCGACAUUUACACCCUGAUCAACUACGUGGGGUUCAUCAACUACCUGUUCUAUGGGGUGACCGUGGCCGGGCAGAUCGUGCUGCGCUGGCGCCAGCCCCACAUGGCCCGGCCCAUCAAGGUCAGCCUGUUCUUCCCCGUGCUCUACCUGCUCUUCUGGGCCUUCCUGCUGCUCUUCAGCCUGUGGUCGGAGCCGGUGGUGUGCGGCGUGGGGCUGGCCAUCAUGCUGACCGGGGUGCCUGUCUAUGGGCUGGGCGUGGCCUGGCACCACAAGCCACCCGCCGUCUACACCUGCCUGGCGGCGGUGACGCGGGUGACCCAGAAGCUCUGUGGGGUAGUGUACCCUGAGAUGGAGCCCCCCGACCCUGAGCGCACCGAGCAGCUGGAGCCCAUGUGCAACACCGGGGACCCCGACAAGCCCCACGACUGA